CUCCUCCUCAGCCUCCGACAGCGAGACGCCAAGAUGGAGCCCGAGGACCUACCUUGGCCCGGCGAGCUCGAGGAGGAGGAGGAGGAGGAGAAGGAGGAGGAGGAGGAGGCAAAAAAGGAGGAGGAGGAAGUGAAGAGCUUGGAUGAGGACGAGGAGGUGAAGAGCUUGGAUGAGGACGAGGUGGUGAUGGUGGAGGACGUGGAGGACGAGGAGCCGCGGGAACUGGACACGGACUUCAACUACGAGAGCCAGCUGGAGGAGAGUUCGGACGACUACGAGGAGGACGACGAGGCCAAGGCCUGGCUGCAGGCGCACCCCAGCGGGACGCUGCCUCUGCCGUCGCCGCCGAAGCACCGCUACUCCGAGGUGUCAGGGAAGAAGUUUAAUAUUGGAAGCUUUGGGUUUUUAUUCUUCAAGGAUAUCGAAAAUAAAUUUCUGUUAGAUUUUGUUAGUACUAUGUUUAAAUCUGCUUUUGAUUUUCAGGUUGUUCCAUUGACCAGUCAUGUAUGGCAACAGUCAUCAUCUCAAGAAAAUAGUAGAACACAGAUUUCUGAUUCUAAUGUGGCCUCUUCGGAAGAAACAGCUCAGAAGAGUUCUGGGGAUGAUCAGAGAACAGAAUCUUGGCAUUUUCUUCCUCAAGAAAUGUACUCUUCCCACACCUCGGACACAUCUCAGACCAGGUUUAAUGUGAGAGAGGAAGAGACAGAUGCGGCAGACUUCCUCUCUGUGGAGGAGGGUGUAUUGACCCAAUCAGAAAAUCAAGUAAAGAAACACAACAGAGGUCUCUUUUGUUCUCCAUUGCUAGUCCUACAAGACAACUUUGCUUCUCCUGAUUUGCCUUUGCUGACAUGUUUAACACAAGACCAAGAGAUUGGGCCUGAUUCCAUAUUUCACCAAAGUGGACUAGAUUUUGCACCUCUGAGGGGAAUUCCUGGUAAGUCCGAAGACAUUGAAGGGUUUUCUCGACCGGCGGAAGUUAGUGAAGCUUUAUUCCAGGCAACCUCAAAAAUAGCUUCAGACUUAGUUAACAGUCGCUUUAAUGUAUCUCAGCACACACUUAUAGGGAGUACAGAUGUUGAGUCUCAGGGCUCUUUUUUACAUCCUGAGCAAGAAACCAAAGAAGAGACUGUUUUAACCUAUACAGUUGAUGAACUGAAAAAGCCCAAAGACUCUGAUAGUUAUGGUGCUCUUUGUUCAUAUAUGUCAUGGAAGAUACAAGAAGUUACACAGAAGCCAGAAACCAAUUUAGCUGAUAAAGAUCAAUUUUCUUUUUCAACUUCAUUUGAUACAAGUGAUAAAUAUGUAACUCCUAAAGAAAGUGACAGUUUUGAUGCUUCUUGUUCAGAUGUGCACUAUUGGAAACGGGAAGCUUUACAGCAGUCAGAAAAAUAUUUAACCAAGGGCCUGCAGAGGAAGGCUGAAUCUGACAUCUAUUCUCUGGAUGAUGAUAUUGAAUGCUAUAGCCUAGAUGAAAAUGCUGUUGUAUGCAAUGAAAGAUCUGAACUACAAAGAGAGAUAUGUGACCAAGGUGACUUGACUGGGAAGUGCAUUGAGCUAGCAGGUUUAGAAAAUAUGCUUGAUGAUCUAGAAAUUUGUGAUGUCUCCCUGCCUUGGCAAUCUGCUUUACAACUACCAUCGGAGGAAGAGCCUGACAUUAGUCGGUCUUUUUCAUCUGUAUUGCCUCCAUUUGUUCCUCAUGAGCCAACCAGAGAGUUGGAGUAUCACUCUUCAGAUCUCAGGAUGUUGAGGGUAUCUCCUGAGAUUAUGCCAAAGACUCUCAAACAUUUACCAGGAGAUAUUUCUAAAGCAGGCAUAAGUGAAAUUACCCAAUCCAACUUGAAAGCCGACAUCACUACCACUUCUGGAGAUUCAGGCAUUGGAUCUCAUUUACCCUUGUCUUCUGAGGACUUUUCUCAGUUGGCUGUAAGAUCUUCUGUGGAGAAUACUAAUACUCUCUACCAACAGAGAUUGGCAAAUGGUCAUGUAACUGAAGAGACUCUACAAGCCUUACCUGUUCCAAAACUAGCUGACCAGCAGGCUGGAAUUUCAACAGUACCCUUUAGUUCCUACUCACUAAGAGAAAAGCCCAACAUUUUCUACCCACAGGCCUUGAGAGACAGUCAUCAAAUUGAAGAGGCUCUAAGAGUUUCAGCUGUUAUUGGACCUGUUGAUCAGAAGAGCGAGAAAACAACAGUACCUUCUAGUUCCUAUACACAUAGAGAGAAGCACAAUGUUUUUUCUCAGCCACUGCUGCCAGACAGUCUAACUGAACAGGCUCUGAACGGUUCAUUUGUUCCUGGACCAGCUGAUCAAGUGACGGUGAUACCAACAGAUUCCUCUACUUUAUACUCACAUAGAGAGAAGCCCCAUAUUUUCUAUCAACAGCCGUUGCCUGAGAACCAUCUAACUGAGCAAUCUCAACAAGCUGCUGCCAUCUCUGGAUUUGCUGGCCAGAAGACUGGGAUACCAACAGGAACCUCAGCUUCUUACUCACACAGAGAGAAGCCCCAUAUUUUCUAUCAACAGACAUUUCCAGAAAAUCAUCUAACUGAGCAGGCUGUGAAAGUUUCUGUUACUCCUGGGUCCACAGAGCAGAACACAGGCAUACCAAUAGUAUCCUCUGCUUACUCACAUAGAGAGGAGCCCAGUAUUUUCUACCAGCAAGAGUUGCCAGUUAGUCAUCCAGCUGAACAGUCUCAACAAGCUGCAGCUCUCUCUGGAUUUGCUGACCAGAAGACUGGAACCUCAACUUCUUACUCACAUGGAGAGAAGCCCCAUAUUUUGUACCAACAGACUUUGCCGGGGGGUCAUCUAACCGAGCAGUCUCAACAAGCUACAGCUGUUUAUAGGUUUGCUGACCAGAAGGCUAGGAUACCAACAGGAACCUGUACUUAUUCACAUGGAGAGACCAGUUUUUUCUAUCAGCAGAAGUUGACAGAUAGUCAACUAACUGAACAGGCUCAGAAAAUUUCAUCUAUUCCUGGACAAACUGACCAGAACACUGGGAUACAAACAGGACCAUCUAGUGCCUACUCACAUAGAGAGAAACCCAUCAUUUUUUACCAGCAGGAGUUUCCCGAUAGUCAUCUCACUGAAGAGGCUCUAAAAGUUUCAUCUGUUCCAGGACCAGGUGAGCAGAACACUGGGAUACCACCAGGCUCCUCUGGGUUCUCAUUUGAAGAGAAGUCCAGUACUUUCUACCAACAGGCAUUAGCAGAUAGUCAUCCGACUGAAGAGGCCCUGAAAGUUUCCACCAUUUCUGGACCAUCUGACCAGAAGCCUAGGAUACAAACAUUACCCUCUACUUCCUAUCCUCAUAGAGAGAAGCAUAUUAUUAUCUCACCACAGGCCUUGCCAGAUAGUCUUCGACUUGAAGAGGCUCUGAAAGUUUCAACUGUUUCUGGACCAGCUGACCAGAAGACUGGGUUGCCAUCAGAACCUUCUAGUUUCUACUCACCCGGAGAAGAGUCCAGUAUUUUCUACCAACAAGGGUUGCCAGAUAGUCAGCUAGCUGAAAAGGCUCUGAAAGUCUCAGCUGUUCCUGGCACAGGUGAUCAGAAGCCUGGGAUACCAACAGUACCUCCAAGUUCCUAUUCACCUGGAGGGAAGUCCAUUAUUUUUUACCAACAGGCCUUACCAGAUACCCAUCUCACAGAAGAGGCUCUGAAUGUUUCUUCUACUGGACCAGCUGACCAGAAGACUGGGUUACCUACAGUAUCCUCUACUUCCUACUCUCACAGAGAGAAGCCCAUCAUUUCUUACCAGCAAGAUCUUACUAAAGAGGCUUUAGAAAUUUUAGGGGUUUCUGGACCAGCUGAGCAGAAAACUGGGAUACCAGUAGUAACCUCUAUUUCCUACUCUCCUGGAGAGAAGCCUAUCAUUUCUUAUCAGCAAGAAUUGCCAGAUCAUAAUGAAGAUGCUUCAAAACUUUUAGCAAUUCCUGGAUCAGUUGACCAGAAGACUGGUGUACGAAUUGUGCCCUCUUCUUCCUACUCAUAUAGAGAGGGCCCCAUCAUUUCUUACCAGGAGUUGCCAGAUAUUACUGAAAAAACUUGGGAAGUUUCAGCUGUUCCUGGACCAACUGACCAGAAGACUGGGAUACGAAUAAUCCCCUCAGGUUCCUCCUCAUAUAGAGAGAAGGGCAAUAUUUUUUACCAGCAGGAGUUGCCAGAUAUUACCGAGGAAGCUUUCAAAGUUUUUGCUCUUCCUGGACCAGUUGACCAGAAGACUGAGAUACCAGAAGGAUCGUCUAGUUCUUAUUCACAUAAAGAAAAACCCAGGAUUUCAACUGUGAUUUUACCAGAUGACCAGAAAACUGAGUUUCCAACAGCUCCCCUCAUUUCCUAUGCACAGAUAGAGAAACCCAAGAAUUUAGCUGUGAUUGAACCAAACGGCCAGCAGACUCCGUUACUGACAGUUUUUCCUAAUUCUCACUCUCAGAGAGUAACGCCCAGUAUUUUCUUUAAACAGCAUUUGCCAACUAGACAACAUAGUGAAGAUAUUCAGAAGAUCUCAUCUGUUCCUGAAUCAACUGACGUGAAUUCUAGGGUACCAAUACCUCUUCCUAGUUCCUAUUCACACAGAGAAAAAUCUAAUAUUGUCUGUCCGCAGGAAUUGUCAGACAAACAUCUAACUGAAGAUGUACUGACAGUAUCAACAAUUCCUAAACCAGCAGACCAAAAAACUGUGUUACCAACAGCUCCUCCUCAUUUUUUUUCACAUAGAGAAAAACAAAAUAAAUUCUGUGAACAGAAUUUGCCAAAUGGACAUCUAACUAAAGAUGCCCUGAAGUUCUCAAGUGGUCUUAGGCAAGCUGAUCAGAUUACUGGGUUAUCAGCCGUUUACCCUGAUACUUAUUCACAUAGUGAGAAGCACAAGUUUUCUUCAGACCAUGUCCAAAAGCCAAAAGAUCAUUUGGAUUCUUCUAACUCUAGUAUUAUGUCAAACAAUAUGCCCUUAAAUUCUCAAGCUGAUGGUAGAGUUGUAAUAAAUAAGCCAGAACCUUCAGGUUUUGAAGAUACUGGCUCUGAGGAAUUCCAGGGUACAGAUAAUGGUUCUAAAACUCUUAAAGAGAUUCGGACACUUUUAAUGGAGGCAGAAAAUAUAGCACUGAAACGAUGCAAUUUUCCUGCUCCCCUUGUGCCAUUCAGAGAUGUUAAUGACAUUUCAUUUAUUCAAUCUAAGAAGGUGGUUUGCUUCAAAGAACCCCCUACAACUGAUAAAUCUAACAUUGAUUUGCCUCAGAGACAGUCAUUCACAAAAGAGAAUCCAAACAAGUACCUACAGAAGGAUAUUAGUACACAGACAAAUCUGAAAUGCCAGGGAGACAUUGAAAAUUGGGAGUUUGUUAGGUCAACUGCAGUUAGAAGUCCUCUACAGGAAGCAGAAAUCAAAGCCAGAAUGGCAUUAGAUGAAACUCGUAGGCAAUAUAAAGCAGCCAGACCUGUAAUGAGAUCUGAACCUGAAGGGUGUAGUGGAACCCUUGGGAAUAAAAUUCUUAUCCCUAUGAUGACUAUCAUAAAAAGUGAUUCAAGUAGUGAUGCAAGUUCCUGCUCAUGGGACAGUAAUUCCUUUGAAUCAGUUUCUGAUGUUCUUCUAAACUUGUUUCCAUGUACUUCACCGAAGACAAGUAUGACAGAUAGUAGAGAGGAAGAGUGUGUGUCAGAGAGUGAUGAAGGGCGUGGUAGUAGUGUGGAUUCACUGGCUGCACACGUGAAAAACCUUCUGAAAUGUGAAUCCUCAUUGAAUCAUGCUAAACAAAUUCUCAGAAAUGCAGAGGAAGAGCAAUGCCGGGUACGAGCACGAGCCUGGAAUCUGAAGUUUAAUAUGGCUCGUGAGUGUGGCUACUCCAUUUCAGAAUUAAAUGAAGAUGACAGGAGAAAAGUAGAAGAGAUCAAAGCAAAGUUGUUUGGCCAUGAGAGAACUGACUUGUCCAAGGGUUUACGGAGUCCACAGGGAAUAAGAUGCCAUCCAGAAGCUGUCUGUGGUCAUAUUAUUAUUGAGAGCCAUGAGAAAGGAUGUUUCAGGACUCUAACUCCUAAACAAUCACAGUUGGACAGCCAUCCUUGUAUCUUCAGAUCACCUGAACCCUUGGAAAUUAUCAGAGGACACCGGAGCCCAUCAUCAUGGAGAAGCAGGCACAUCAACCUUUCCAAAUCACUAGACCAGAGCAACACCCGUUUCAAAGUUUGGAAUUCCUUGCAGUUACAAAGUCGUUCCCCAAUUCAGAACUUUACAACUGAUGACUUCAAAAUUAGCAAGGGUUUUCGAAUGCCAUUCCGUGAAAAUAUGGACCCUUGGCUGUCAGAAUUAGUAGAACCUACUUAUGUGCUACCUGAAGAAAUGGAUUGUCAUUCUUCAUCACAAAUGCUGUCCCCAGAAUCCAUGAAAAAGUUUACUACCUCCAUCACUUUUUCAUCUCACCGACAUUCUAAAUGCUUUUCAGAUUCCUCUGUUCUUAAGGUUGGUGUUACUGAAGAUAGCCAGUAUACUAGAGCAUCUGUAACUCCAAAUUCUCCACCCAUAUUUUUUGAACAACCUGAGUUCUGCAAAGUCCCACAUGCAGAUCACUAUAUAAGAAAACCUCCUCCUCCUCCUCCUUCACAUCAGCAUUAUGUAGCUCCAAAUCUUCCUUGUCACAUUUUUCUUGAAAACCGAGAACUCUUUGAACAAAGCAAAACCCCACAGGUAGAUCAUCAGAUGAGAAUAAGCCACUCUCCCCUUCCUCAAGGUCAGAGUUAUAUAGCUCCAGACCUUCCUUCUUCUAUAUUUCUUGAACAGCGUCAGCUCUUUGAACAAAGCAGGGGCCCUGAUAUAGAUCACCAAAUGAGAAAACAAUAUUCCCCCCUUCCUCAAGGUCAGGAUUAUGUAGUAGAAAACAAGGAUCAACAAGAGCCUAAAUCAUACAUUUCUAAUUUAAACGUUGAAACUAAUAAAAUCAAUGAUGUGGUUUCCCAAUCAUUGCCAGAUCAAUAUACAUUAGUAACUACUCCAUCUACUCCACCUUCAAACAAAAAGGUACUUUCUUUUGUUCGUAUAACUCUUUCUCCCAAGACUUCCUCCAAGUUGGAUAGUGGAACCUUAGAUAAAAGGUUUCUUUCAUUGGAUUCAGCUUCUAAAACAAGGAUGAAUAGUGAGUUUAACUCUGACCUACAAACUAUAUCUUCAAGAUCAUUGGAACCAACCUCCAAAUUACUGACCGGUAAACUUAUAGUACAUGAUCAAGAAUCUUUAGGUUCUCUAGGACCUAAAUCUUCACCGGACUUUCAAGUCAUACAGUCUCUUCCAGAUAGUAAUAUUAUUUCUCAGGACUUGAAAACCAUACGUUUUCAGAAUAGCCAGAUAGUAACCUCAAAGCAAACACAAGUGAACUUUUCAGAUUUGGAAGAAUAUUACAAUCCAGAAAGGACUCCAGUAUCUGCAGAUCGAUCACUGGAGAAGGUUAAGAUUCCACUUUCCGCCUCUAGAAAAUUAUCUGAUGCAGUCACUCAGAUUACAACAGAAAGUCCAGGAAAAGCUAUGUUUUCAUCUCAGAUUUUUAUUAAUGCUGACGAUGGUCAACGUGAAAUUCCAGAGCUUAGUUCCCAGAAGCUGGACAAAGCUCCUAACAAGUUUGCUUCAUCAUCUUCAGUCCAACAGAUUGCUGUUCCUCGUGACACUAACAAAGCUCAGCCUUCAGUGUUGCCAUAUAAGCCUUCUGGUAGUACGAAGAUGUACUAUGUUCCACAAUUAAGUCAAAGUCCUUCAUCUAUGGAUUCCAAAUCGAAGAGGACCUAUGUUCCACAAUUAGGUCAAAUUCCUUCACCUAUGGAUUCCAAAUCAGACACCACCAUUGAGAGCUCACACUCAGGAUCCAAUGAUGCCAUUGCUCCAGAUUUCCCAGCUCAGGUGCUAGGCACAAGAGAUGAUGACCUGAAAUUCUCUGUUCAUAUUAAACAUAAAGAGGGGAUCUAUAGUAAGAGGGCAGUAACUAAGCCAUCCUCAUCAAAGGAAAAAAAAAACAUUCAGAAAGAUAAUUCAGAUGUUCACAUUCUUAUCACAGGAAAUGAGAACCACUCAGACAAAAAACAGAAAAAGAUCUACACUAAAAAGUCAGUGACUAAGCCUGCCCAACCUGAAAAAAUAGAGUUCUUGCAGAAAGACACUGGAGAUUCCAGUGAUGCUGUUGCUGCAGAGCUCGCAGCUCAACUACAAGACACAAAGAUUGAAAGCCUACCAGACACUAAAGCCAUUAAGCAGAAAGAGGCGAUCCCUAGUAAGAGGACAUUUCCUAAGGAAGCCUGCUCAGAAAAUAAGGAAUCCUUGCAGAUGGAUAUUGAAGAGUCCAGUUCGGAAUUUGAAAAUACUACCCAUUCUGUGUUCAGGUCAGCCAAGUUUUACUUUCAUCAUCCAGUGCACCUACCAAGUGAUCGAGAUUUUUGCCAUGAAUCCUUAGGGAAAAGUGUUUUCAUGGGGCAUUCUUGGAAAGAUUUCUUCCAGCAGCAUCCAGACAAACACCAUAUUAGUCUUCCUCCCUCUUAUCAAACUGAGGAAAAGACAGAAUGUACUAGAAUAGAGAGCCUCCAUAUCAAUGUAAACUUGGGAAACAAAGAAAAGAUACAUUCUACUAAAAGUCAGGCUGGAGAUCAUACAAAAUGUGACAAACAGAUUAAUGAUCAAAAAAAGAAUCGUAAGGUCACCCCAGAGCCCACAGCUCAGCACAUUACAAGUUUGAAUGAACUCUGGAACAAGUAUCAGGAGCGGCAGAAGCAACAAAAAUCUCACGAGUUCAGGGGUGGAAAAGAACUAUCCUUGGUGGAGCGACUUGAUCGUUUGGCUAAACUUCUUCAGAAUCCUAUCACACAUUCUCUUUGGCCCUCAGAAAGUACACAGGAUGAUAGCAGAGGGCAGCGAGAUACUAGGGAAUGGAAUGGUAGACAGCAACAGAGAAACAAGCUUCAGAAAAAGAAGCGGUAUAAAAGUGUGGGGAAAUGCCAUAAAAACAUAGGAGAUCUUAAAAACAAGGUGCUUUCUACUCAUCAAGCUGGAAGGUCCAAUCAGAUUAAAAUUGAACAACUUAAAUUUGAUAAAUAUAUUCUGAGAAAACAGCCAAAUUUUUGUUAUAUAAACAAUACUUCUUCAGAUUCUAGACCCUCAGAGGAGAGUGAGCUGCUCACAGAUACUGCCAUUUCCACCACCACUUCUCCUGUGGAAUCAGAUAUAUUGACCCAAACAGAUAAAGAAAUGACUUUGCAUGAAAGGAGCAGCUCUCUUUCCACCAUUGACACUGCCCGAUUGAUCCAGGCUUUUGGCCAUGAAAGAGUUUGUCUGUCACCCAGGAGAGUUAAAUUAUACAGCAGUAUCACUGACCAUCAGAGGAGAUACAUUGAGAAGCCGAGCAAGAACAAGAAGAAAGCAUUGAGUUGUCCCCAAAUGACUUCUGAACACACCAGAAGGAAACACAUCCAGGUGGUAAACCAAAUGAUUUCUUCUGACUCUGUUUCGUCUUCUACCGGUAAUUUCUGGAGCUCAAACUCUACCCUUUACGACAAACAAAAUGCACAUAUGUUAAACAAGGGCGUGCAAGCAGGAAACUUGGAGAUUGUGAAUGGUGUCAAAAAAAACACUCGAGAUGUUGGGGUGAUUUUCCCAACUCCAAGUUUUAGUGAAGUUAAUGUGGAAGAGGACAGUGAUGUGACUUCUUGGUCAGAAGAAAAAGUAGAAGAAGAAAAGCUCCUUACCAGAAAUCUUGGAGACAAAAAGUUAAAGAAGAAUAAGCAGAGUUGCUGUGAAGAAGUUUCAUGGUUUGUUCCUGUGGAAAAUGUGAAGUCUGGUCCUAAGAAGGAAAACUUCAAUCAUCGUGGCCCUGGUAUCGCCUGGUUUGCACCGAUAACCAACACCAAACCCUGGAGGGAACCACUGCGGGAGCAGAACUGGCAGGGCCAGCACACGGCCAGCCACACGUCACUAGCAGGCCCAGGCAGAAGCCCACUGAAGCCACUGGUGAAAGCCACCUUACAGGAAUCACUUCUGUUUCACAGACCUGACUUCAUCUCCCGCUCUGGAGAGCGGAUAAAACGCCUGAAGUUAAUAGUCCAGGAGAGGAAGCUACAGAACGUGUUACAAAGUGAGCGGGAGACACUGUUCAACACUGGGCGAGAAUGGCAGGGCCAGGGGGACGCCGUGCACCUGUUUUCUAAGAGAGGUUUCCUGGCUGCCCAGAAGUAUAAGCCUGUUGGAAAGAAGGAAAUGAUUCAGAGGUCUAAACGGAUUUAUGAGCAGCUCCCAGAAGUACAGAAAAGGAGAGAAGAGGAAAGGAGGAGAUUGGAAUAUAAGUCGUACCGGUUGCGAGCCCAGCUGUAUAAAAAGAAAGUGACCAAUCAACUCUUGGGGAGAAAAGUUCCCUGGGACUGACAUAGAUUAUUUUCUUCAGAGCCGUGGAAUUUUAUUUUAUCAACCUGAAGAAGUGUAACUCUUACUUUUUGAGUCUGGUUCAAUAAAACAAACUCUUUGUCCAUGUGUAAUUUAGAAGUAGUAACCUUCUAAAGAGUCCGGGGCACAGUGGUAAGAUUAUUAAUGUUUUGGGAGCAAUACUUUCUUUACAGUGGCCUUGCCCACAGGAGUGUUUGUUAUAACAUUAUAAUUUCUUGUUCUAGAUAAGAGUCCCUUUUUGUUUGUGUUUUUAUACUUUUAGGAAAUAAAUAACUUCUUUUU